ACAGCCGGGGCGCGCCACCAGUUGCCUUUACAGCCUUUACACGCUCACAACGAUCAUUGUCACCGGCAUAUUGUUUUUACUUGUGUAGUGUCGUGCGAUUAUUAUUUCGUGUCCUCCAAGAUGUUCUCAGCAAAGUGGUUGGCUUGUGCGUUGGUGGUGGUGUGCGUGAGCCUACGGCAUACGCUAGCUGCGCCCGCGGAAGAAGAAUACCCACCGAUGCCGUACGAAUACAAAUACGACGUGGAGGACCAAGAAAAGACCUUAUACUUUGGUGCCAAUGAGGCGGGAGACGCUCAAGGGAAAGUCAGCGGCGGGUACAGGGUACUCCUUCCAGACGGCCGUCUCAUGACAGUAGAAUAUACCGUAGAAGGCGAAAGCGGAUUCGUACCCAAGAUCAGUUUUGAGAACAACGCCAACCCCUUUGGCAAAGGAAAGUAGAUAUAACAGUUUAAGACUGGUUUUAAGAUAACGCAUAGUUCAAAUAAAUGUACAGUUGUAAUUACGAACUGAAAUGUGAGAAAUAAUUUCCAAGUUACACAUGUCCGUAAUAAGAUAAAUAAAAAAUUGUAACAAAAACCGACUGGACACGACAAUGAAAUUUUGUGACCUAAAACACGAUGAAUAAAUUGUGAUAUCUAAUAACUAUUAACAAUUAUUACGAGAUGAAAUUUCGUUCUUGUUACCAGUCUUAAUAUGUAACACCAAACAAUGAUCACUCAUUCUGCCGUACUAAUAUUAGAUAAAAUAAGCUAAGUUUACUAAAAAUACUAUAUGUUUAGUCUAUUGCCUAGUCCAUAGGCCCAGUAAGUACAGACAAAGUGGGAAAAGCAAUUUUUAGAAUUACUGCCAUUUUGUUUAAACAUUAUUUUAAUGACUUCUGUGGUGACGUCAUACAUGGAAUAUUUAAACGAAUUUUCAGAAUUUAGUAAUUACAGAAAUAUAAAUAGUUUAUUUUCCUGUAAGAUGCUGUCUUCUGUUGCAGCAUCUUAUUGGUUAAAUGAGCAGUUAUUGUUAAAUUCAAAAGUAAUAUCGACUUUAACGACUUUAAACAUUUCAUUUGCUAGAUACAUUUGGUGAUCCCAAGUUACCAUUUCUGUGAUCUAUGUUAUAUUUAGAUGUAAACAUCAAUUUCAGAAGGUUCUUAGAAAUGUAAUCUAUUUUUAUAUUCAAGAAUGCUUUGGAAAUUGAUGGGUUAUCGGCCGACAUUGCCAUGUGUGAAAAAUUAACACUAAGAAUGUAUUCUGAGCGAAACGUAUAACGACUAGCGCUAGAUAUUUGUACUCGUAUACAUACCAUAUAGAUCUUAAUAAAGAUUUUUAUACUUGAA